AUGAGCCUUUCCAUAAGCAAGACCCGUGCCCCCUGGCGCAACCUUAUCAACUCUCAUCUCAAUAAAACAGAGGGAUACGAGUUCACCAUCGCAACUGUCGGCUAUGAUUCUCAUGGCAACCCGGUCCCUCGCGUACGGACAUGCGGCUUCCGUGGCUUCUUCCCAGAGCUGGAGCUCCAUUCGAGCGGGCAGAAGGAUAUGGAUCAGCAGGUAGAGGAUGGUGGGAAUCCGCAUCUCUUCGAAAGUGACAUGUUGGCAUUCACCACUGAUGUGCGGAUGGAGAAGCUGGAGCAGCUGGAAUCGACGGGCAAUGUGAUCGAGGCUAUGUUCUGGUUGAAAGAGGUGAUGGUGCAGUGGAGGAUCAAGGGCAAAGCAUAUUCCAUCGGUAAUCCAAAUCCAGAAUCAGAAAGGGAGUACGGCCUUCGACCAGAAUUGUUCGAGGCUCUCCGGGUCCAAGAUGAUUACCGCGGUGAUCUUAGUGGUGACGCUGAUAAGUGGACGUGGGAGAAGGCUGUGACAAAGUAUUUUGCCAAUCACUCGCCCGUCAUGCGUGGCUCCUUCCGGAAUCCACCUCCUGGCCAGCCUAGGUCCGAACUGCCUAGUAAUCCAGACUUAAGGCUGGGCCAGAAGGUUAUCAACCUUCAAGACUCUGUUGCUCGUGAGAAUUUCAGGGUUGUGCUUAUUCUGCCUGAGGAAGUCGAGCAACUAGAUCUCUCAGACUUAGAUGAUGUUCGCAGGCAGAAAUGGACACUACUCAUGGACGAGGAAGACGAGGAUGGGCCUGAUGGAAAAUGGGUAGAGACUGAGAUUUGGCCAUGA